AUGUUUCAAUUGAGGGGUCAUUCUGAGCCUGAGCUGCCCUUCUCAAAGGAGCAGGAAAGAGAUGACGCUCUUAGCGUUGUAGCAUCAGAAGAUGAUGGCUUUCUGUACGAUGGAAAGCAACAGAACUCAUUUCGUGCCUUCACUCAAGCCUGGUCUAUACCAUGGCUGAAGCUUGCAAUUCUCACAACUGCAUGGAUAACCUCAAUCGCCAUCACAAUUUAUGCAUGUGAGUGGAAGGGAAAAGAUUGUGAGGGUCUUUCCACUGUCUUUCCCACAGAGAUACAGUCCGUCCAACCGGCCAUAAAGCUCGAGAAAGUCCGCUUCAGCGGCACCCUUGAAUUUGAUGAGAACAGCACCCUUAUCUCAACAUACUGGGAUUCUGAUGGAAUAAGGUACACUGGAGAGCCUAGCGAUGAGCUAGACGCCCGUUGGCACGCUCUUAUUCAUCCGGAUGGUGUAGAUCUCAAGGGUGACGAGGCGGGAUGGAUUCAAGGGACCACGAUAGAGAAGCCCGGGGGCUGGUCCAUUGUCAGUGUUGAUGUCUUUCAUCAAUUGCACUGUCUGAAUCUUCUUCGGCAGGCCCUGCGGCCAGAUUACUACACAAAGCAUGACCCGGAACCCGCAUACACGAUCCAUAUUCACCAUUGUCUUGAUCAUCUCCGGCAAGCGUUGAUGUGCCACGUUGAUGUAACGCCUAUCCCAGUCCUGUGGGCCGAAAAGGAAAAUCGGCCCCUCAACGACUUUCAAGUUGAGCACACAUGCCGGAACUUUUGGCAAGUGAAACAAUGGGCAAUUGCGCACGAUGCGCGCAAACACAAGUACAAAGGUCAAUGA